CCCAAAAAAAUUUGGGUACGUAAGAGAAAGUAAAAAAAAACAAGAAAAAAAAAACAGAGUUUUGAAAGAAUGGAGGAAGAGAAGAGUAAAGUGACACUACAUGGGAUGUGGGCAAGCACAUACUCGAAGAGGGUUGAAAUCGCCCUUAAACUCAAGGGUAUACCCUUCAAGUAUGUCGAAGAAGAUCUAAAGAACAAGUCGGAUUCGCUGAUUCAACUCAACCCGGUUCACAAAAAGAUUCCUCUCCUUGUCCAUGAUGGUAAACCACUCGCUGAAUCACAAGUGAUUCUUGAAUACAUCGAUGAAACGUGGAAGAACUCUCCUCGUCUCUUGCCAGAAGAUCCUUAUGAAAAGGCCCAGGUCCGGUUCUGGGUCAGCUACAUCAUCCAACAGGUGUAUGAGGUCUUUGGUCGUAUUCUGUUCCAAGAGGGUAAAGCUCUAGCAAAGUCUGUAGAAGAGGCUCAAGAGAGACUCAGAGUUCUUGAAGAGGGACUCAAGAAGCAUUUCCCAAACAAAAUACUCAGAGAGAAUGAUGAUGUUGGGCUUUUGGAGAUAAUCAUCUUCACUUCUUUUGGAGCCCACAAAGUUUAUCAUGAAGCACUCGGUGUAGAGAUAAUUGAUCCAGUGGACACUCCGACUUUAUACAACUGGAUAGAGCGCCUGCAGGAACUGACUGUGAUGAAAGAAUGUGAAGUGCCUCAUGAUAAGUUGGUGACCUCAAUCCAGAACUAUAGACAAGAGCAUCUCCAGAAGACUGCAAAUGCGUAAAGAGAUUAAAAUGUUGGUCAAUGGUUUUAAUGUCCCAGAAAAUAAGAGUUUUAAGAGUUCGAUUAUUAUUUGACAGUAAAAAAUAAUUCCUUGAAACAGUUAUUUAUGAACUUAUGGCAGUUACUAAUGUAUGAUAAUAAAACUAAAUAAAUCAUUUGUGGUAUCUCCAUGCUUUCAAUAGCCACUUGAUACACUUUGUU